AUUGCUUUUUUCUCUUCGAACUCUUCCUGACCUCUCAUCAAUUCCUUCCCAUGGAUGACGCCUCCUCAUCGUACAAACUCCAACAGAGGUACGAUGUGCUCAUCAACUUCAAUGGAAAAGAUAUCCGCAAAAAAUUUGUUUCUCAUCUCAAUUCUGCCUUCUCUACUGUUGGUCUCACCACUUUCCUUCAUCACCAUAAUGCAGUGAAGUCAUCUCACAUCCAAGAACCUAUUCUCAGCCUCUGUCAUGUAGUAAUUGUUGUUUUCACCCAAACCUAUUCUCAAUCUGCUUGGUGUCUUAAUCAGCUUCUACAAAUCAUCAAAUGGCACCAAACUUAUUGCAGACAUGUUCUGCUUGUAUAUUAUGAAAUCCAGCCAUCUGAUGUACGUCUUCAAAAGGGUGACUUUGGAAAAGCCUUGAAGGAAACUGCACAACAAACAUUUUCAGGAGAAGAACUAGAGGAUGGAAUGUCCAGGUGGAGCCAUACACUCACCAAAGCUGCAAAUUUGUUUGGAUGGGAUGAGAGCAAUCACAGGAGUGAUGCUGAAUUAGUGGAGAAAAUUGUUGAGAGCGUUGUCAAUUUACCGGUCUUGUCUGCUACUAAAUUUCCAGUUGGAUUACAAUCCCACGUGGAAGAUCUGAUUCGAACUAUCAAAAAUAAAUCCACUGAAGUUUGUAUGAUAGAGAUAAGUGGAGACGAAGGAUCUGGUAAAACCACUCUUGCCAAAGCUAUCUACAAUCAAAUUCAUUGGACAUUCAAGGAGAAAAGUUUCAUUGAAAAUAUUUCACAUGUUAGCGGAAUAAGAGGGCUUCUUCGUUUACAAGAACAACUUCUUUUAGAUAUCUUAAAACAAAAAGUGGAGAUUCCUAGCGUUGAUGUGGGAAGAACUAUGAUUCGGGAAAGACUUUUAGGAAAAAGGGUUCUCAUUGUACUUGACGAUGUUUUUUACUCUAAUUUAUUCGACCUAAGGGAUUGUCUUAAAUUGUUAGUUGAGGGAACUGUUAUAAUCGUUACAUCAACAUAUCGCAUAGGGCUGGGAGAUCAAGCUAAUUCUGUCUUUCGGGUAGAGCGAAUGAACGAAGAGGAGUCCCUUGAGCUUCUUAGUUGGCACGCAUUUAGAGAACCAAAACCAAAACAAGAAUACAAAGACCUUUCAACAAGAGUAGUUAGUUAUUGUGGAGGACUACCACUGGCUCUUGAAGUCGUUGGAAGUUGUUUAUUUGAAAAGACGAAAGAAUAAUGGAAUAGUUUAUUGCUUGCGAUAGAUGGCAUGCGUCCUGUUCCAGAGAUAAUAAAAGUAAGCAUAGUAAGUUCACUGAAUGAAAUGGAAAAAGAUAUAUUCCUUGAUAUAUGUUGUUUCUUUGUUGGUAAGAGCAGAGGCUAUGUUAGGAAGAUCCUAAAUGGCUGUGGAGUAGACGCUGAUAUUGGAAUAAGAGUUCUCAUCCAAUGUAACCUCAUCAAAAUUAACAAGAACUACAAAUUUGGAAUGCAUCCUUUGCUACAAGAAAUCGGAAUAAAAAUUAUUCGUGAAAAUUCAAGAAAGGAUCUUGGGAAGAACAGGCGACUGUGGUUUGAUAAGUAUGCAAAAUAUGGGAAAGAAGCCCUGCAGCGGUUGCCUGUGAAACUGCCUUCAGUUUUCAAUGCCUUCGUUAGAGCACAACCGAUUGUUUUGAGAUCGCUAAAAGUCCUUAACCUCAGUCACUCCAAGUAUUUAACUACAACCCCUGACUUUACCGGAUUACCAAGUCUUGAACACAUCAUUUUCAAAUAUUGUUCGAGAUUGCGCAGAGUACACCACUCUAUUGGAUCACUCAACAGUCUUAUACUCCUAAAUUUGAAAGACUGUACAAGUCUAUACAAUCUUCCAACAGAGAUAUAUAAGUUGAAAUCAUUAAGAACUUUCAUUCUCUCUGGUUGUUCCAAGAUUGACAUAAUGGAUAAAGAUGUAGCAAAGUUGGAAUCCUUGAUAACUCUAAUUGCUGAAAAUACAGCUGUGAAACUUGUUCCUCUUUCAAUUGUAAGCUCGAAAAGCAUUGGAUAUAUAUCCCUACGUGGAUUUGAGGGAUUAUCUCAUAAUCUUUUUCCUUCUAUCAUUCGGUCUUGGAUGUCCCCAAUAAUGAAUCCCAUUUCUUAUAUUCAUUCGUUUUGCAUGGAUAUUGAGGAUAAUACGAUUGAUAUUGCACCAUUGCUUAGCACCCUUGCAAAUAUGCGAAGUUUUUUGGUAGCAUGUGACACCAAAUUUCAAUUAUCUAAGCAACUGAAAAAUAUUUCGGAUGAAUAUUUCGGGAAUAUUACAGAACUAGGAAUUUCAAAGCAGCACUUCAGGUGUUCUUUGAUUGGUGUUGGAGCAUAUUAUCAAUUCUUCAAUGCUGUCAGAGAUAACAUAUCCGAGGUAUUGUCAAGCAGUGAGUCUGGUGAUGUUUGUCUCCCAGCUGUCAAUGAUCCUUAUUGUAUGGCCCAUAUGGGUGAGAGACACUCUGUUUCUUUCGUUGUGCCUGAAGAUGUGAUAUGAAAGGAAUGAUUUUGUGUGUUGUUUAUUUAUCAACUCCUAAUAUCAUUGAACCUGAAUUUACUACUGUCAUAAUUGUUAAUUACACAAAGUGUACAUUCCAGAUACACCACCAUGGUACAGUAAUUUCCUUUAAAGAUGAAGAUUGGCAUGGCAUAGUGUCAAAUUUAGAAUGUGGAGACAAUGUGGAGAUUUUUGUGAACUUUGGUAAUGGAUUGGUGGUCAAGAACACAACGGUGUAUCUGAUAUGUGGUGAGUCAAAGAACAUGAAAAAAGCAUCUGAGCCAAAAAAACAUUCUCUCAUUAGAUUCAUAAAGAAAGUUGUAAUAUGACUUCUGAUAAGUCAUUUAUAUUCUUUAAGAACAGCAUGCUCACUUUCAACUAUUUUCACACUCUUAUACAACUUCAAUUAAUUUCAAUACGAGUUCUUUCAUUAGCUUCUUUCUUUAUUAUUACUCUUUUAUGAUUCCU